UCGCCUCAUCUCUGGCGGGAUCAAUAGGGCCUCUCUUCCAGUCCUUUCCCCUAAAAAACACAACCCCUCGUGCGCAAACGUCAAAAUCGAACAAAUAGAGUGCCCUGUGCAGUCUCACGGACGUCGUUCCAACGUCUCGACCGGACAUCAUAAUAAAGAAUCCAAGGAAAGGAAUAAUAAUACGAGAAUAUAAUUGAAAAUGUUUCACUUCCUCUCCGUUGCUAUCAAUUGGAAUUUCAUAAUCCGAUUUAAUCCGCAUUCGGGGCUUUAAAUAGUCAUCCAGUGAUAAUAAAUUUUAUGUUGAUUAGUGGAUACAUUUGUUGACCGAUGAUUGUUAAAUCACGGGUGAGGUACACUCUGAGGGAAGUGAGGCGGCGAGACAGGCCGCCCUUUUAAAUUCCCGUGAGUAAUGAGCAUGACGCUUGAGGAUCCAUUCUUUGUCGUCAAAGACGAGGUAUGCAAAGCGCUGAACAAGACACGAGGUUUGUACGGCCGAUGGAGUGAUUCCCAGGUGAAUAUAUCAGCAUUAACACCCAUCGGAUUGGUACCCGGUGGGCUUCCGGUAUCGAAAGAGGAACUUGAGUGGACCACAACCGAACUGAGAAACGCCUUGCGAUCAAUCGAAUGGGACCUCGAGGACUUGGAAGAUACGAUUUGUAUUGUAGAGAAGAAUCCAACAAAGUUUAAAAUCGACAACAAAGAACUUACUUAUCGCAGAGCGUUCAUUGAUCAUACCCGCGACGAGGUCAAGACUAUGAAAGACAAGAUGAACCUCAGCCGAGGACGAGAUCGGGAUCGCACAGCCCGCGAGCCGCUGUUGGAUAACAGCCCAACUCGGCCACCGGUCAAUCAUGGCACGACCAAAUACAGUAAAUUGGAGAAUGAGGUGGACAGCCCGAGUAGGCAAUUUCUGGAUGAAACGAUGCAGCAGCAAGGGAUGAUGAUGAGACAGCAAGAUGAUCAGUUGGAAAUGAUAGGAGAGAGUAUUGGUACUUUGAAGACUGUUUCACGACAAAUUAAUUCGGAACUUGAUGAGCAGGCUGUAAUGUUAGAUGAUUUUGGAAAUGAACUCGAGGUGACAGACUCCAAGCUCGAUGCAACAAUGAAAAAAAUGGCUAAGGUCCUCCACAUGAGCAAUGGUAACUAUAGUAAUUACAUUCCAGCUCCUACCAGUUCUGUACCCAAUGUAUCUGUUUAUCCACAAAAACCAUCUUCACUCUCUACACUCUCAACAACAAUAACCAAUUGUUUUAUGUGCUCUGCCGACUAAAACACAUCCACUUGACCACUCUGACACAUGCAAUAUUAAUUAAAUGAAACUAACAAUACUGGGGAAAAUAAUUGCCAAAGAUUACAAUGCAACUGUGCCAUAGAAAAAAAAACUAUUGGAAAAUGACUCAAGGAAAAUAGCUGAUAAUACAACUCCUCCGCUUUGUUAUUGACAAUUACUCAAAGAUGAUAUUGUAAUAUUCAUUGAUAUGAAACUGGAAAAAGUCGUUAUUUUUUGGCGAGAAUUCAUACAGCCUAUUUAUCGAUUCACGUUUAUCGUUAAUGAUUGAAUGAAGAAAAAAAUAACAUUUUGUAAGAUUUUAAUGGGAUACAAAGGUGGAUCCAGUUAUUACUUCCAAAACUGGAUGAUGAUGUAUCGAACCAAUGAGAAAUGUUAUUGAUGAUUGUCGAUGAUUGUUUGGAACCUGAGUUGUUUUAGAUCAAAAUGUCCUCCACAAGAAUAGUGAAACUAGGUAGGAGCUUAACCGUUGAAUAUUAUAGAAGUAAAGAUUAAGAUGAAUUCGUUGAUAGAGUGAUUCGUAUCAAAAUUUUAUGUCAAUUGUGUGAUUCUAAUGGAAAAAAUUUUAGAUUGUUUAGAUGAUAUUUAUCGAGGGAACAGUCGUUGAAGUUUCAACAGAAACCAAACAGAAUUAACGAAUGCAUGGUAACAGAAAAAAAAUACUUUAACAUCUAGAUAAAUUAUUCUUAACGAUAGACAAGAGCCAAAUGUAAGGCCAACAUAUGUACCUCAUGUAGAAGCAAAAUUAGAUGUUGUAUAUCUUUGUUUAGUUAAUUUCAAACUACAUAAAACAGACUGGGCGAAGGAGAUAUUGCGUAACUUGUUACUAACAAAUGUAGAAACUGAAAGAAAGAUAUUAACUAUGAUGAACAUGGAGUAUGCAAUAAAUUAACUUGAGUAUAA